AACAAAAAGCACAUUUCAAGAGAAUCUACGACAGACCGAUGGCGAAGUGAAGCUGCUUUUUUUGCUUGCUUAUUCAGUCGUGUACUUCAGCUGAAGCGGGCAGCUGGAGCAAACGGAUAGUGGGGGCGGAACAUGGAUGGCUGACAGACUGGGACACAGGCACCCAAGAAAAUGCUGGCCCGCAACAGGUUCAUUCUACUGCUGUUGGUGGCAGCAGUUUUGGCCGUCCUCAGCCUCAGCCUACAGUUCUUGCACCUCAUUCCCACCACUCCAGUGAGAGAUGAGAAGUCACCUGGCAAGAGCAGGAAGAGGGUGAACCCUGUCCCGCACACAGAGCCCCCCGAGCCGGACCCCAUAUACGAAGCGUAUGCUUACUGCAAUAUUCCCAACAGGACAGAGCAGGGCUGGGAGGGCCACUGCCCUGCUGACUACAAGUUGCUGUCAGUCCAUGUGAUGAUUCGUCAUGGCGACCGGUACCCACUCUAUGCCAUCCCCAAGACCAGAAGGCCUGCCAUUGACUGCAUGCUGGUGCCUGACAGGAAACCCACACACCCACAGCUGGCCGCCUUCAUUACCCACAUGUCCCGGGGCCGCUGGGACACCGCCCUGGCCUCCCUGCCCCGUGUGCCCAACCACAGCGUGUGCGAGAUGGGAGAGCUCACUCAGACAGGUGUCGUGCAGCACCUGCGAAACGGCCACCUCCUGCGCAACACCUACAUCAAGCGUCACAAGCUGCUGCCGCCCGAUUGGUCAGGCCAGCAGCUGCUGGUGGAGUCGACAGGGAAGAGCCGGACGCUGCAGAGCGGCCUGGCCCUGCUGUACGGCCUGCUGCCGGACUUCGACUGGGCCAAGCUGUCGGUGCGGCACCAGUGGAGCACGCUGUUCUGCGACAGCAGCUGCGACUGCCCCGCCCGCAACCAGUACCUGGAGGAGGAGCAGAAGCGGCAGUACCAGCUGCGCGUGGCCGACACCCAGCUGGACCGCACGUACGCGGCCAUGGCGCGGACCGUGGGCGUGCCGCCGCGCCAGCUGCGGGCCGCCAACCCCGUCGACUCGCUGCUCUGCCAUCUGUGCCAUAGCCUGAGCUUCCCGUGCACGCCGCAGGGCUGCCUCUCGACCCGGCAGUUCGCCGUCAUCCGGCGACAGCAGCUGGAGGAUGAGCAUGACCGGCGGCGGCGGGGGCUGUACCACCGGUACGCGCUCCUGGCGGCGCACCCCUUCCUGAACCGCACGGCGGCGCGCAUGCUGCGCGCGGCCGAGGGCCGGCGCUACGGGCUCUUCGCGCUCUCCUCCGCCCACGACGUCACCGUGGCGCCGCUGCUGAGCGCGCUGGGCCUGGCGGGGGCGCGCUUCCCCCGUUUCGCCGCGCGCGUGGUCUUCGAGCUCUGGAGGAGCCCGCCCCCGCCGCGGGGGGUCAAGGACAAGGACGGGGACGGGGACGGCGACAGGGACAGGGACAGGAGGCGGCUCUUUGUGCGCGUCCUCUACGACGGCGAGGACGUCACCUUCCAGACAACCUUCUGCCGCGACCACGACCGCCACUCCCAGCCGCUCUGCCCCUUCAGCAACUUCCUGUCGUUUGUACGCAAGGACAUGUUCAGCAUCCUCAACGCCACCAGCUACCACGAGGCCUGUCACCGACGGCCUGUUUGAUGAAGGAGGAGUGUGUGUGCACAUUAGAGAAUUGGCUUUAUUUGAUCCAAACACUUUCACAAACACACUCAAGUGUAGCUGAAGUUUUUUUCUUUUCUAAUCCUUUGUUGUUGAUAGAAGUGCACCAGUGCACUACGUAAGAUGUAUUGUAAUAUAUUUAAAAGUAUUUGUAAAAGGAAGCCAAACAUGCUUCCCUUCCAAACUCCAUUCCUUCCAAAUCCAGUGGUAUUUUUAACUUUGUCAUUGUUUUUUUAAAUCCGUUACUUUUUUGUAAUAUAGUAACACUAAUAAUAAUUCUUACAUUCUUUGUAAAUUACUUUUCACAGAAGAACAUUUGAAAAAGACCUUGCUGUAUGCUGUAUGCGUUGUGGUGUCAUGAACCACGGUCCGUGAUAUUUUUAAUCAUACUUGCUUCUUGUUUUUAAAAAAAAUAGGUUUUAAAAGAGAUGCUUCCUCAAGGCAGGUGAGGACACAUAGCCACUUUAUUCCCAGCUGGAAGCCUUAACUGGAAUGUUGCUAUAGCUGGUCUGUCAGUGUACUGGAUUGGGAGUUUGCACAAAUUGCUGGUUUUCUCUUCUGUUCACUACAGCAGCAAAACUUUCUCCUUUUCUGCAUGGACUUGUUUUCUAUCAAAAUGGUGCUCGAAAUUGAACCUUGCAGUUUGCCGUUACUGGAUUUUUUGCACCCGUCUCCUCAAACCUCUAGCAGAAUACUUGAGAACAGCGCAGCACGGCACAGCUGACACUCGUGUUUAGAAGCUAUAUUUGUAAUUGUGAUUACACUUGCAAUACCAGUUUGGUUGAAUCAUUCAGGGUGUGGAAUGGUGUGAUUCAGAGGUGAGAAUGUUGUUGCUGUUUGGGAAAUUGGAUUUCUUUUUUUCACUACAAUGUCUAUGUACAUGCGCUGUAACUCUGUGUAAGAGUACUAUGGAGAGCACAGAGAAUUCCAAUGUAUACCUCUUGAGAAUUAAAGAAACAAGAUUCUCGUGGUUCUGAUAACCCUGCUGAAGCAGAUGGUCAUUAUAUUGUUUUACAGGUUAUAAUGAAUCCUCAAGUAACAUUUUGU